AUGGAUAGCAGCCUCCAGCAGCCCACAGAACAAUCUCGAUUCAAGCGGAUAUGUGUUUUCUGCGGCAGCAGCCCCGGCAAGAACCCUAGCUAUCAGAUUGCUGCUAUACAGCUUGGAAAACAACUGGUUGAGAGGAACAUCGACUUGGUUUAUGGAGGUGGAAGUGUUGGAUUAAUGGGCCUAAUCUCCCAAUCUGUAUAUAAUGGUGGUCGCCACGUGUUAGGGGUGAUUCCCAGAACUCUCAUGCCCAGAGAGAUCACUGGAGAACCUGUUGGAGAAGUGAGAGCCGUAUCCGGUAUGCACCAAAGGAAGGCAGAAAUGGCCAAGCAAGCUGAUGCAUUCAUAGCCUUGCCAGGUGGCUAUGGUACAUUGGAGGAACUCUUAGAAGUCAUCACUUGGGCUCAACUCGGAAUUCACGACAAACCGGUAGGUCUCCUCAAUGUAGAUGGGUACUACAACUCUCUUCUGUCAUUUAUAGACAAAGCUGUUGAUGAGGGUUUUAUUACACCAUCUGCCCGUCAUAUAAUUGUUUCUGCCCCAACUGCCCAUGAACUUAUGUCCAACCUUGAGAAUUAUGUUCCGAAGCAUAAUGGAGUUGCGUCGAAGUUGAGUUGGGAGAUGGAGCAACAACAAUUAGGUUACUCAACGAAAUCAGAAAUUGCUCGUUAG